AUGAAAACUACACUCAGUAUAGUGGCGAUUCUUGCCACGGCAGUUCAGCAAACAAGUGCCACGUUUUCUUGGGAUACAAAUAAAUACUUCCCGAAUCCCUCCAACUGUGAUAACAAAUGUACGGACAACCAAAAGUCUGGUUUCGACUGGAAGGGUCUUGGACUUGGGUCUUUCUCUUCAUUCGGUGACUUUGACUUCUCAGGAUUCACAUGUGGCAAUCGAAAGCCACCUAAGAGCAACUUCCAGAGCAAAUGCGUUGAAGGCAAACUAUUGAAAGGCAUCACAAAUGGCAGCCCAGAAAUCUCAUACCGAAAAUCCGACGGCUUCUCAAUCACUUCGUUCCAGAUCACCGUCGAUAAGGACACAGAUAUCGCCUUUGUGUAUUCCAUGCCGGAUGGCUCGAGCUGCAAACACACCACUCCCUGCUCGCAGGGCGGCUCAGAGGUGCAGAAUACACAAUGCGGAGGGGCAGUGUCCGUAAGAUUCGGCCUCCCUAAGUACAGCGAGCUGGAUGAUUGUGGUUUCGCAAUUCACAAAAUUAACUUCGACUGCGGGCCCCCCGACAUCCCCAGCAAGCCUGUAGUGGUACCCACGGAUGAAAAUUUGUCGUACCCCAUUAGCUCCCCCCCGGAUCGUGAGUCGGAAGGUCAAUCAUAUCCUGUAUCUUUGACCCCAACUGCCCAGUUACCAGAAUCUUCAAUUGCACCAAAAUCUACCGAAUCAUACCCUGUGGAAAUUCCUCCGGGAACUCCGUCUGAAACAAGUCCUGGAGCUACACCGGGACUUCCCUCGGGAUCUUAUCCUGCGGGAACUCCUCCGGGAACUCUCUCUCAAACGUAUCCUCCAGGAGCCACACCGUCAGAAAACACACCUCCGGGGAGCACACCCCCAGAAACAACUCCCGCUGGGACUGCUCCUCCGGUGGUCACUCCUCCAGACGUAACUCCGGGAGGAACUCCAUAUCCAACAGAGGCUAUCCAUUACUCCACCUCCACAGUCUUUACCACAUCCAUCAUCACUAUUACCCACUGUGGCCCAGAGGUUCCUUCAUGUCCUGCCGACUCUACUGAGGUUGUCACUUCUACGAUCGCUAUUUCAACCACAAUAUGUCCAGUAACUAUCACACCAACAUCGCCCGAUUCAAUCGUUACUGGCCCAAUCCCUACCAGCCCAACCCCAGUGUAUCCUACCCCUACAAGCCCUGCAGGAUCUACCACUCCACCGAUACCGACUGUUCCAAACCCUGACACAUUAACCUAUCCAGUUGGCGAAUCUACAGCGACACUGCCCGGCUCAAGUGCAUUGCCAGUCACACAACCCCAUCCGUCAGAUUUGACUGUCACCGAAAUUACAUAUACUACUGUUACUACUUGCCCAGUGACAGGAACGAUCACCUCUGGCACUACAGAAAUAACAUAUACUACUAAUACGGUUUCUACUAUUACGGUGACCACUACUGAAGCUCCCUGCCCCAAAGUAGUGCCACAAUGUCUGAACACCUGGCUCAAUUUGGUUCCAAAAUGCAACUCGAACAGCGACAUUAGCUGCUUCUGCCCUUCCUCCAAAUUCACGUCUGCGGUAAUCGCAUGUAUCCAGUCCUGGGGUGCUUCUGAUGAUGAAAUUCAAUCUUCUCUCUCCUAUUUCGCUGGCAUCUGUGCUGCAGACGUCCCGAAAAAUCCUGGUAUAAUUACCGCAAUCCCGUCGACAAUUACCCUGACCCCACCGCCAGCGGCAACACCACCAGCAGCUCGAACCGGCGGCAACGCCCUCAUUACCCCUCUACCCCAGGCCCCUCGCACUGAAAUUACCGUUUCUCAAGUGAUAUCAUACUCCGCUGCUGAACCUACCACCCGUACUACCAUAGUCACAGUCCCACAGGUACAGUUCAUCACUGAAACUAUUCCUGGUGCAGCCACUGCUAGAUACGUCGGGCUGGUUCAAGGCACUGCACUUCCUGAAGAGGUUCCGACAUAUGCCCCAUCAGCGUACCCCGCCGCCGCCCAGCCUUCAACCUUCGCCACGAUUUCAGUCUCGCCAACAGGAAACCCAACUCCUAAUCCCUAUAUUGGAACUGGAGAUGCUUUCUCAAGGUCAAUUCCAUCCGCCGUGUGGAUCCUUUCUUCUAUUACCAUUUUUAUGGGUCUUUUGCAGUAG